CAGGUGUGGCACGGUGAAACAGGUAGCCUAAGUUAGGACGUUGUGCGAGGUUUGCAGGACCUAUAUUCUCCGUGGUUUUGUAAAACUCUGCUGUAGUUGGGUGGAAGAGGGGAACAUCAGUGGUUUGUUUGGACCGGGAAGGAAGUUAAGUUUUUUGCAGGAAAAAGCACUGCAAGGGCUAUAAUUAUCUCCAAGAGCUUCCGAUCUCACGGGGACGGCUGAAGAAGAAGGGAUUCCGCGGGUUGUCUGAAAACAUGGAGGAAUGGUGCUGAAAGCGUUUUUGUAUGGUGUUUUUAACUCUACAGCGGAUGGACUUGUGCACUCUUCAGCUCCCACAUUGAACUGUUUGAAUUAGUUAAGUCGAAUCAAUAAUUGUGCGUUUUGGGCCGCUCGGAGCUGUCUACCUGUUAAAGAUUUAGGGCAGGAGUAUUGAUGGAGGACAUCGACCCCGAGCAGCAGGAGCCGUUACCCGUGGACCGGGAUGGGAGACAGCUCGGGAGUGAAGAAGACCAACCUGAUGAUGACAGUGAGAUGGGAUGCUGUGAGAGGUUCCAGCAUUCUGUCUCCAGAUUUAUGCUCCCAGAACACGCCCGCGACAAGUACCUGGAACGGGCCAACUGCUUCCCGCCUCCCAUCUUCAUCAUCUUAAUCAGUCUUGGAGAGUUGGCAGUGUUUAUCUACUACGCUGUGUGGAAGCCUCAGAAGCAGUGGGUGACCCUGGACGAAGGCAUCUGGAACAGCCCCCUUUCGUACAAGCCCGAGCACAGGCAGGAAGCAUGGCGCUUUUUCUCUUACAUGUUUGUCCACGCCGGUGUGCAGCACAUCUUGGGCAACCUGGUGAUGCAGCUACUGCUGGGCAUCCCACUGGAACUGGUCCAUAAAGGAUUUGAAGUGGGAAUGGUUUACCUCUCGGGCGUCCUGGCAGGCUCUUUGGCCAGCUCCAUAUUUGAUCCUCUCAGUGCUUUGGUGGGAGCAUCCGGGGGUGUUUAUGCUCUAAUGGGUGGCUAUUUUAUGAACGCAGUGGUGAAUUUCCGAGAGAUGCUUCCUCUUCUGGGAGUGUUUCGUAUCCUUGCCAUAGUGUUGAUUGUUGGCACAGAUUUUGGAUUUGCCUUCUACAGAAGAUUUGUCAGUGAUGAGGCUGGUUUGAAGGUGUCCUUUGUGGCUCAUUUUGGUGGGAUUGUGGCCGGAAUGACCGUCGGCUACGUCUUCUUCAGCGCUUACAACAGCAAGCUACUCCACGACCCACGUUUCUGGCUGUGUAUAGUGGGCUAUAUAGCCUUUGUGAUCUUUGCCGCACUCUUCAACAUCUUCCUGUCCCCAGCACCAUAGGACGAUAAAGCUGCACUCACCAACCUUUUAAAAAAGUUAACACUAAAAGCCUUAAUGUCACACUCAGGAAACAGUUUUUUGACUUAUGUGUUUCACAGCAAAGCUGCUUUUCAGGAACUUUGUUAAUUAUUAAUUAAGGAUUUUAAAAAACAAAAAUUUUUAGAGCUGAAUUUGUGCGUUCAAAUGGAAUGGUGCCUCCUGCUGUUUAUGUGUAGCAUUGCAGAAGGCAUAUUUUACAUUUUACAUCUUUUGUUGAGGAAAUGCUUUUUAAAAUACAAAUAAUUAAGAAUUAAAUAUUCUCUGAACCCCUAAUGUACUGUCAAUAUUUUUCUUAUUCUAGAUAUGAUCUUUGCUGUGAGUAUUUUGUUAGUUUUUAUAUGUUUUUGUAUUUUCUAUUUUGUAUUGAUAAUCAGAAAAUGAACAUACUGGUCCUGAUUCAUGUAAUUUUUUCUUUGUCAUUUCUUCUUAGGAAUUUAAUUUAAUCAUUUUAUGCUCCUCUAUGCUGUCACAAAUAUUCUGUUGAAUCAUCAUGGACUUUCAGUAUUCAUAAAAUGUGCCUUAAACGUGGGGAAUUCCCUCACUGCAGCAAACACAAAUUUGAUGAAGACAUGUUGAUUGACUGUGUGACAGCACUAACAAGAAUAAGUUGCCCCUUCCUUUUGUAAGCGGAAGAGUUUAUCAUCAUGCCUUGGCCUAAGUCACAUUCUGUUGACAGGACAUUGCUUAUUACAUUUUGAGUUGCAAAACUGUUGAUGCAUUUUUCUUUCAUACUUAUUGUGUUUUAACCUUGUAAACACAUAACUUUGGCUCUGGUGAACAUCCAGCUUUUGGAAACACCAUUGUUUUACACCUGGUGUCAGAAGGUAAUUCACAAAUAGGUCUUAUUUUUGAAAGAGAACUUAAUUUAUCUAAGAUUACAGGAAAACUAUGACCAAAGACCUCCUACACUUGGUUUCGUAUUUCCACAGCUCAAUAUUUAAUGUAUUUUUAAUAAACUUUGAUGUUUUUUUAA